UGACAUCUUUCUUUUCUGCUUCUACCACGUUUUACACAAGUUGUGGUUCGGACAAAAUGUAUAACACCGUGUCGAAAAAACGCCGGUUCGUUGCCAAUGGCAUGUUCCACGCUGAAUUGAACGAGUUUCUGACUCGUGAGCUGGCUGAGGAUGGCUAUUCCGGCGUUGAGGUCCGUGUAACCCCGACUCGCACGGAAAUCAUCAUCAUGGCCACCCGUACCCAGAAUGUCCUCGGCGAGAAGGGACGUCGCAUCCGCGAGCUGACGGCCGUCGUCCGUAAGCGUUUCGGAUUCGCCCCUGGCUCCGUCGAGCUGUACGCCGAGAAGGUGGCCACUCGCGGUUUGUGCGCCAUCGCUCAGGCGGAAUCCCUGCGUUACAAGCUGAUCGGUGGACUGGCCGUCCGUCGCGCUUGCUACGGUGUGCUGCGCUUCAUCAUGGAAUCCGGCGCCAAGGGGUGCGAGGUGGUCGUGUCGGGCAAGCUGCGUGGCCAGCGUGCCAAGUCGAUGAAAUUCGUCGACGGACUGAUGAUCCACUCGGGUGAUCCGUGCAACGAGUACGUUGACACCGCCACCCGACACGUCCUGCUGCGCCAGGGUGUGCUCGGUAUCAAGGUCAAGAUCAUGUUGCCGUGGGAUCCGAAUGGAAAGAUCGGCCCCAAGAAGCCCCUGCCCGACAACGUGUCCGUGGUGGAGCCGAAGGAUGAGAUCAUGUACUCGUCGCCGCGCAGCGAACCCAAGUUCAAGGUUCCGGAGCCAAAGGAGGUCGCGGAGGUGGUGGUCGAGGCGUGAUUGUUUGGUACCGCUACGGGUGUACAUUCGUGUGACCGUUUGGGAAGGCUCUAGUUGCCUUGGGUUUGUUCGUGUUUGGGGGAGAGGAACGAAGGAUGAAAAUAUACUAACUUCCAAUCGGCGGAUCGGCCCAACACAAUAGCAAAAGGGAGGAAUCCGUUUGGAGUAUACAU